AUGGCGCCUCUCACGACCGCAUCGCGCGCCCUCGCGCGCUCCACCGCGCGGUGCACGAUGCCCGUCCGCGCCCUCAGCACGUCGGCGGCUCGGCUCGAUAGCGCCUCGUCCACCUACCAGAGCCCCUUCGUCAUCGAGCCCAAGAAGGUGCCGAGCUUCGACAAGUACGUGAGCAAGAGCAGCGGCUCCAAGAACCAGCUGUUCUCUUAUUUCAUGGUCGGAACCAUGGGCGCCAUCACGGCUGCCGGCGCCAAGUCGACCAUCCAGGAAUUCCUCGUCAACAUGUCGGCCUCGGCUGAUGUUCUGGCCAUGGCCAAGGUGGAGGUCGACCUGGCCACCAUCCCAGAGGGCAAGAACGUCAUUAUCAAGUGGCGAGGCAAGCCCGUCUUCAUCCGACAUCGAACGGCAGAGGAGAUCGACGAGGCCAACAAGGUCAAUAUCACGGCAUUACGAGACCCCCAGUCCGAUGACGAUCGUGUCAAGAAGCCGGAAUGGCUGGUCAUGUUGGGCGUCUGCACACAUUUGGGUUGCGUGCCCAUUGGCGAGGCUGGUGAUUACGGUGGAUGGUUCUGCCCCUGCCACGGUUCUCACUACGACAUCUCUGGCCGCAUCAGGAAAGGACCCGCUCCUCUCAACCUCGAGAUCCCCGAAUACGACUUCCCCGAGGAGGACAAGUUGGUUAUUGGUUAGACGGUGAAGAGGUGGACAUGUACGGAUAAUAAUGGGGCUAUUCCUUUUCCUCUCGACUGAGCCAGACGGGUUUCUAUAGACGUCAUAGGAGAAAAAGGGGUGUGUUGAGUCCGGUUUUUUGGGGCAUUCCUAGACGUGCCCUUGGCAAUGCCAUUGUACAAAACACAUGAGCAUCGAAACAUCAGUACCUCCUCAAAUGUUUCCCAUGUCUCUCUCUCUGGUCAGUGGUGAGGCGAUUGCUUUCUGGAUGGUCCUGCAGGCGUUGGUGAUCGUGUUUCUGCUCUGCCUCAACCGAGCCAGUAUCCAUGGACCGCUGCGAACAGAGCACAUCUCUGCUGACUCUAGCCAGGUCAAAGUUUCGGCGAUGAUUGACAACGAUAACCUUAAGAUUUAACUUUGGGCCAUUAGGAAUGGCCUCCCAGAAGACGGCAACCAGGUGGCUUGGCCCAUUUUGGCCUAUGGAACGGCCCAAGCAAUACGUCCUGAUCGCCAACU